CAGAGCUGGAACGUCUCACAGAGAGCAUCCUCAUUCAGAUACAAGAGUUCAUCCAAAGAAGGAAACUUAAAUCUGAAUCUACACACAAUAAAGGCCCGUCUUCACCAUGAGGUCAUCUUUUGUUCUAGUUUUUGUGAUUUUCCUCCCAAUCAUCACAGCUCAGGUGCCUCACUGGGGACCAUGUCCAGAACCAAACGUACAGCCAGGCUUCACCCUUAAAGAGUUCAUGGGAAGAUGGUUUGAAAUUGCCAGGCUGCCGGCCCAGUUUGAGAAGGGACGAUGCAUCGAAAGCAAUUUCACUUUGACGACAGACAGCUCCAUCCGAGUGGUCAGCUCAGAAAUAGAUGAAGGGGAGCUGAGGAAAAUUGAAGGGACUGGAGUCGUAGAGGAUAUUAGGAACCCAGCCAAGCUGGGAAUAAGUUAUUCCUACGUGCUGCCAUAUGCGCCGUACUGGAUCCUGUCCACUGACUAUGUGAACUCGGCUGUGAUCUACUCCUGCACAGACAUCCUGAGACUCUUUCAUGUUGACUUUGCCUGGAUCCUGGGCCGAACUCGAACCCUGCCAGAGUCAACAAUUGAGAGAGCAAGACAGAUCUUCGCCACAAACAACAUAGAUGUGAGCAGGAUGGUUGCCAGCAGGCAGCAGAACUGUGAUAAAACACUCUAAAAAAAAAAAGAGAAAAAGGAGGGAAACGAUGUUUCAACAUCUGCUCCAGAGAAAUAUUUUACUAAUACUUAGGCUGUCUUUUAGCAGGAGGUACAACUCAGUAACUCAGUUUACCUAUGUCUACAGUCUCUCUGCCUUGUUAAGAUAGGUUGUAUAGCAGUGUGACAAAUAUUAAGUCGAUGCUAACAUUAUUAUUUGUUGACAUAUCACUACUGAUUGUAAAAUAAAUCUGAAGGCAAUGUUUUACACAAUUAUACCCAUUUAGACGCAUUUUUGUCACAAUUACUUUUUUUGUUUCACUUGCAGUGUGGUACUGAAGAAUUUGAUAGUAUUAAAGGCUGUUUAAAUACUCAGAUUGGUUUAUUGCCAACUGG